AUGUGUCGAGCUGUUGACGUCCCAUUGAGCUCCAGAAUUGUUGAAAUUGAAAAGUACUGCGAGGCGGUGCUAAUCGAUAACGAUUUCGAGGAUGGCGACGAGUUGAUGACUCGUUUGGAUAGUUUUAUCCGUGAAAGUCGUCGAGAGAAAAUUCUGGAGCUCACAAAUGAGCUGGAGGUUCUGAUGCCGUUGAUUCGCGAUGCCGCGUCGAAUGCCAGGGACAAUAUUAAAGUUUGCAAUGUUUUCACACAGUGGAGCCGUCAAUUCGGGGACCUCCUUCGCAAGAAUAGCUUCUCGGCCACCACACUGUUCCAGGCGAUUGAGGACCUUAAAACGCAGUUUUCAGAGGCACAUAUGAGUCGCCAUUGGCUGCCUCCAAGUAUCACACCGAUUCUACGUCUGGCAGCUUUGGAAAUCGAGAAGAGAGAUGGAGACGUGACGCCUUCUUUGACUCCAAGAAAGCCGCAGAAUAUUCUGGAACGACGGAAUUCGAUUGAUAUGACACUUGACACGUGUAUCUCGCAAGUUGAGACGAUUAGUCAUGAGAUGGACUACCAUAUUGGGAGGCUCUAUCGGAAAGCCAAGGAUUUUAGUACUUUCCAACCCCUGGACCUGGAUACCGUAACCCGAAUUUCGAAAAUCGUGGAAUCCGUGAAGUCCGGUGUUGAAAUGCUUCUAGAGCACUCGUUUAAAGAGUCCCGCCCCAAUUCAGUGAUGUUUUUCGAGAUCACAAAUGACGACAUCAGAAAUGUGAUUCGAAAAUCCGAUGGAGAAGGCUCAUCAGGCUCGCUGAGCUCACUGAAGCGAAUUUCAGCGCCACCGAAAAUUCCAGAAGUUUUUAGUGAAGACGAAGAGAUUCUGGAAGAGAGACGAGACGUCGAAGGGGAGAUUAUGAAGAUAAUUGAGGGGAUUGGUGAAAAAAUUGGGUCAGAGGAAGGAUUGAAGCCAGCCAGAAAUCAAGGAAUGAUCAGUUUGGAUGCGACCGUUUUGAAAACCCUGAUUCAACAAUCCCAACGUCUUCUGGCCAUUUAUGAGUCUAACGAUGAGAUUCGGAGAAAGAGGUCUGCUCCACCAAUGAUUUUGGUGGAAAAUGAGGAUCCAGAAGAGCCAGAAAUUGUGUCAGUAGAGCCAAAAGAGGUUAAGGAUGAGCAAUCUAAAGCUGUAGAAGAUUUUUCGGCUCCAGAAUCCCCUUCAGAAGACGUCACGUCUUCUGAAGACGUCGUCAGAGAUCCAGAAGUCCCAAUUCUAGACUUAAAAGAUUCAGAAGAUCCAGAAGCUCCAGAAGUCGUCACGCCACGAUCGCCAGAAUCUCCAGAAGAGCAGGAGGAGAUUGCUCAGCUUAAAAAAGUGAUUUCUGAGUCGUUGGAAAAUUCUGAAUCCCCGAAAAUCGAGGAUUCAGAAUCUGGAGAAGCUGUAAAGCCUCCAGAUUCAGAAGAAACUUUAAUUUUGAGAAGUCAGAAGGCUCCAGAAGAUCGAGAAGACGUCAAGGAGGAUUCAGAAGACGUCAAGGAUUCAGAAGACGUUACAGAAGACGUCAAAGCUCCAGAAGAUGUUACUGAGGAUUCAGAAGACGUUAAGGGUCCAGAAGAAGCUCCAAUUUGCGCUAAACCGAUUCAAAAUGCACCAGAAGACGUUCCAGAAGACGUGGAGCCUUCAGAAUCCCAAGAAAAGGAUUCAGAUGACUUCACGUCUUAUGGAAGUCAUCGUCCAGCGACUCCAGAAUUUCCGAAUCCCAAAAUUAUUGCACUUGGAUCGGAUCUUCCGUUCACGCUGAUCAUGCCAGAACAACCAGAAUCGCCAGCCCAGUCAAUGAUGACGUCACCAGAGGAUUCAGAAGCCAAAAAUCCAGAAGACGUUAAAAACUCAGAAGGCGUCGCUUCAGAAGAAGGUAUCAACGAUGAUUCAGAAGACGACGAAGAGGAUUCUGAAUCCGAAAAAACUACAGUACUCUAUAUUCCUUCGGAAUCCACACCACAGGAAUUGACGCCGCAGAAUUCAGAAGACGUCAAAGAUUCAGAAAACGUCGAAAUGCCAGAAGACGUUCUAGAAGCUCCAGAAGACAACAGAGAGGCUCCAGAAGACGUAUCGGAUCAAGAAGACGUUCUAGAAGACGUCAAGCCCAUGAGCAAUGGUCAUGUGCUCCGAGAAACUAGAUCCGAGGAUCGAAUGUCCAGCCAUUUGAGGUCCCAUAUCAACACAGCGAGCGGAAAACCACAUGUCACUUAUCAGUAUCCAAUCCACAACUACUAUUCGCCGCCCAUGAAACGUCGAUCGAAAUCGGAGGAUCAAAAGAUCAAGGAGACACUGAAGAAUCGACCGCCAUUUGUGCUUUACUAA